CACAAAGUUGGAGAGGAAAUGCAAAUCAAGGCAAUGGAAAUCGUUUUGAAAGCAUAACAUCUCAUCAAUAGUCGCGAWAGAAGACCUUUCCUUAAAAAUGUCGGGCGAAUCCAACAACAGUUCUGGAGAUUGGACUUUACCAAGCGUGGUAGCCAUGGGCUGCUGGCUUACAAUCAUCAUCUUGAUCGGUGUGUUUGGRAAUAUCCUCGUUAUCAUUGUCAGUGUACAAGGAACAAGARUCAGGACACGAGGCAAGAGUUUAAUAGUCUCCAUGGCUUGUGCUGACAUGCUGGAGUCUCUGAACAUGGUUUUCAUGUUGGUUACUGUAGCGUCAUAUGGAGAGUGGAUCUUCGGGGAGGUAAUGUGUCAACUCCAUGGGUUYAUAAACACUCAGUUUGUGAUUACAUCCAUGUAUAGCUUGAUGACGAUCAGCUUAAAUAGGUAUAUCGUGGUUGUUAAGUCAAACUUGUAUAAAAAGAUCUUCUCCAGAAAGAACCUUGCAAUUAUGAUAGCACUWAUAUGGCUUUUUCCAUUGCUGUUUGCWAUCCCACCKCUUUUGGGUUGGUCUCAGUACGACUUUCAAAGCAACAAAGCAACUUGUAUUUUCUAUUUUUCAACAUCAGUAWUGUAUUCUAUCAUUGUCAUGGCAUUCGCGAUUCCUGUUCCUCUAGGAAUCAUAGCUUUCUGUUGCUAUAAGAUCUUCAAUCAAGUUAGACGCCAUAGGUCCAGGGUCCAAGGARCUGCUUCCAGUAAAACCGUCAACGUUGAAGAAAUACGAAUUACUAACACUUUGAUUAUYAUCAUAUUAGCUUAUCUAAUUUGCUUUAUUCCGGCGGCGACAGUYAAUUUGAUCGAAAUGGUUUCACCAAGUUACAGAAUCAAUAUCUGGGUCGACAUUCUUACUACAAACUUGGUUUUUGCAAAUCACGCAARCAAUCCAAUCAUCUAUGGGCUUUUUAAUAAGCAGUAUCGAAAGGCAUUCAGAGGGCUAAUUUUCAAGGCUUUUCCACAAAUGAGGUACAGCUCCAAUGGAGAAUCAACCAUAGAAGGCGGGCAAAAUAAUGAAUCAUGUAAAGUGCAAAACUAACAGCUACUUGAAGUCCUUGAAGAUGAAGAACUAGCGCCUUCUAACACAGUGAGAUGCUCCGGGGUUUUCCGCGUGAAAUCAAACUGUUUGUUUACUAAAAAAACAGAAAGCAUCCUAAUAAUGUUUUGAAUGCUUGGAAGUCGUUAGAGUAAAACAUUUUAUUUCACUUCAUAGUGAAAACUUUUAAGAUUACAAUCUUAACUUUAUUCAUCAAUAUUUUUGCGACAAUGAAUAUUCACUUCACUUAAACUAAGUGACGCGCGUAAAUUAAGUUCAACAAGGCCUGCUAACUCGUACUAGUUUUCAAAGCUUAAGCUUCCUGCUGAAAUUAAAAAACAGCACCUUAGCAAC